CCUAGCAACGGGCGAGGAUACAGUGGGCGCGCGAGCUGCUGCUGUUGCUGUGUUAAAGGGAUACCCUACUGCCCGUUUAACCUCCCCUCACUGCCCAGCGUUCAGGCAGCCUCACUGCUGCUGCUGGCAGGUUCUUGCCCUACUCUCGGCAUUGCAUUUUAAAUCCCACCUUUAAACGGUGCCUCAUUGGGUGCCGGCUUCUUGCCUUUUUUUUUAAACGAGAGAGGUGAUAAUUUCCCCCACCCAAACUCCCGGCGUUUCUCGCCGGAUGCUCUCGGGCCUCGAACAAAGUUUCCCCGGUCGGGGUUGGCCUAGAGCCGGUGGAUAUAAUCGCGGGCCUCUUUAUUUAAGACGACUCGUGCGUGUAGUCGAAGGGUUUUAACAUUUCAUUGGCAUUCCCGUGAAUUCUACCGGAGAUUUUCUCUGAGAUGAGAAAGGAAAAAAUACCAACAUAGCCAUUAAGAACCAUAGAAAUCACUUGGAAAUGGCAACAUGGAAUGGAGGAAUUGUACAAAGAGUACCAAAUCUGGAAGAUACCACUGGUUUCCAGGAGAGAGUGAAAAAUGAAAGACAAAUAUUGAAAGAAUCACUGGCUUUGCAGUUAAAUCAGGAUCUUCUUGGGAUCCUUAUCGAUGGAAGCCAGACAGAUGUCACGUUCCAUGUAGGAGCCGCUGUGUUCAGAGCUCACAAAGCUGUGCUGCUCGCAAGGGUCCCGGAGUUUUUCUUGCGCAUUUCUGGAAAACAGUUAAACCAGGAGACUCAGAAUUGUCCACAAGUCAUCAAUGUAGAGAAUUUCCGACCUUCACAAUUUAAAUGUUUUUUGCAGCAAAUUUAUACAGCAGAUCGAAAAGUAGACCAUCUUGAAGAAGAGCUGCUCUUGAACAAAGAGCCCAAUCGAGGAGGAUUGAAGACUGAAGAAACUUGCUCUCUCAAUAGUGUUUUUCAUAAUUUGGGCAUGAGCAGUGGUGAUAGAUACCUGCCAUUUAAUAAUUUUCCUCCUGAUAAUCAGACCCUGGAAAUGAAUGAAGAGAUGUUGAGCUCAAGCCUGUUGGAAGAUGAUAUGCCUGAAGCAAUGUUUGAUAUGCCUGAGGAAACCGAAGCAGCGGAUGAGGUUCUAUCCAGUGAUGAUUCUGCACCAGAGCCAGCAUCUAUACUGGGUGCUGAUCUCUUAUCCCUUUAUCGGAAAGGAUGUUGUCCUGACAUAACCCUUCAUGUUGAGAACAGAACUUUUCAUGCACACAGGGCUAUCCUCUGUGCUCGCUCCAGUUACUUCGCAGCAAUGUUGAGUGGAAAUUGGGCAGAAAGCUUUCAGAAAUCGAUCACUCUUGCUGGCGUGAGCCAUGUGGAGGUGGAAAUCAUGAUGAACUUUUUAUAUGGAGCCAUUUUAGACUUGCCCAAAGAAGUUCUUCCACGUUCAGUGCUUACAUUAGCAGAUAUGUACAACUUGGAUGGGUUGAAGAAAGUAGUCCUACAUGUUCUGAAGAAAGAUUAUUGCAAGUUUUUUCACAAGCCUGUUAUUGGAAUGCAGCAAUCUAUUCUGGAGUGCCUGCAGAUAUCUCAUUCUGUUGGAAUUGAUGGCCUUUACAGUUCCUGUAUGAGAUGGAUUACCAAAUAUUUUGUGAAAUGCUGGUCUGGAAAGAAUUUUGCCUGUCUUCCAGCUGAACUGCAGCGAGCCUGUUUGAUGUCUGUAAUCCAGUCUUUAAAUGUAGAUAAUGUGGUUUCAGUGCUGAUGGACAGUGAUCGUCUACUGUGGAGCCUUCCUGAGGUGAAAUGGGCAGAGCAAGCAAUUGCCUUGACCAAAGAACUGCAAGACGAAUGCAUCAAGUUUAUUGUGCCACGCUUCCUUGAGACAGUCCAAAGUAAAAGCCUCCUCCACCUAUUAAAAGCGCAGAGAAUGAGCAGAAGACCAUAUCUGGUAGAAAAGGUUUUUGCAGCUAUUGAACAAAACAUUACAGUGACAGACGGUUGUUUGCAAUUUAUAGCCGUGGACCUGCUGAGGAGCCAGGUGUCUUACAAAGAGGUGGGUUUUGUGAGUGAGAUCUCGGCCCUCUUUGACAAGCUCUGGAUCUUUCUGGUUCAGUCUUUUUAUGCGGUCCGCCACACGGAAGGCUGGAAGCUGAUGAAACCUCAAGACCAAGAGCAAAUCCAGGCAGCUGCUCUUGACAAAGGUGAUGAUAGAAAGCUCAGCAAAAGACCAACUUUGACGAGCUCACAGCAAAAGAAACGUCCUCUACUUGACCUUUCUCCGUUUGAUGUGGUGGAGCAAGUGUGUAGAAAGGGAAAGGUGCUGUCAACAAAUACAGUUAUACCGAAUAGUCAAUUGACUGCUGCUUCAAAAAUGAAGUCUGACAGUUCAGUGCAUGCAGCAAAUGCACAGCUGUCUGGUGCUUUGAGGAAAGGUGAAGCAAAAGGAAAGGACAUGAGAAAAGCAAAUGAUAAAACUCCAAAAAAUGGAAAAGCCAAUGAAAAAGGUACCUCUACAAAGAUGAAUGCUCCUGCAAAAACUAGACUGGAAACUAAGGCGAAAGCUGAGAGCACUGUUAACAAAGUGAAAGUGUGUGCUGACACUCUGGUAUGUCAGACAGGUUCUACAGCGAGCAACAAAGACAUCAUCGGACAGGAUGGCAAAGCAAGCACAGGUGCACGACCCAAAAUAUCUCUCAGCUCUUCCAGUAUUCAAGCAAAACAAGGGAAAUCAUCAAAGAAAAUCAUUCAGUCUCACACAGAAUCGUCACAGACAGAGAAAAAUAGGAACAAGCGUCACUCUGACAAUCCCGAAUUUCCAAGCAAGGAUGGUGCUGUAGGCGCAAGUGGAUACGUUGGUGGACUACAAGAGGGGACUGAGAUGGACGAAAUAAACUAUCAUGAUAGGAAAAUGGCAUUUGUCAAUAGUCCUACUGAAACUACAGCACAGGAGCCUGCAAAGAGCUCAGUUGGCCAGAAGUCAACAGUUAGGUCCACAAGUGUCUCCAAAGCUACUAAGACUCCUCCACCUGCAUCAGUGAAAACUGGCAGACCGCUUUCUAAUAGUAUGCCAAACAAACAGAGGGCACAAAAUAGAGAUGAAGGGUUGUCACAGGCUUCUAUGAAGAAAACAUGGAAUAGCAGCAGCAACUCAUCUGUUCAGCACAGAGCAAGGAGUGCAUCUGGGGCAGCCAAAACUAAAGAUCCAAAAGGAGGGACAAUGGUUUUAGAAAAAACAGCCCUUAUUUCAGAACAAAGUGAUGCUUCAAAACACCCUACUAAAGUUCCAAACUGUGAAAAAAUAAUGGCUAAUGAAAUGUUUACAAAGGCUAAUAAUUCUAAACCAAUGAAAGCAACUGCCCUCUCUGCAAUAAAGACAAGUACAAGGAAAAUGACACAACUUGGCACCGCAAGUCCACGGACACCUACUAAUUCCAGUAAGGUUGCACUGAAAGAGAAAAGUGCAUCUCUACCCAAUGUAAGAAAGCCAUCAACUAAGUUGCUUCCGGUGACAACCAAAACAAGUUCUAGCCUAAAAAGAUCUGCCUCUAGUUGUAAUGAAAAGGCAGCUCCUAAUUCUCCGUGUCAUGAUGUGAAAAGUGGAACAGAGUUAAAAAGUAAUCAAAUGGGACCAAAUAAUCAGUCACCACUCUUUCAGAAUGUAGAAGUACCAACUGCUUCACAUGAUAAUAGGUUGGCAAAAGGAGACCAUGUUUUGACAUGUGGACAUUCGCAACAAAUCAUUACCUCCAGCAACCUAUCUAACCAUGUUAAAAAAGCAAAUAAUUGUACAUCAGAAAAAUUACAAAUAGCUUUAGAUAUGACUUCUGCAACUAAUUUUGAAGGUCAUACAAUACACAAGCCAUCUAAAGACAUUGAACUGAAGACCAAACAUUAUAGAGCUCAAGAUCAUUCUUCUUCUGCAAAUAAAGAACCCCAAAGAAAUCAAUCGUGUGAACCAAAGCUAUUGAUUUUUAAUGGCUGUGAGAAAACAAAGGAAGUCCCUCUUCAAAGAGAAACUAAUUUUGCUGAAGAAAUUAAAGCUGGCCAUCUUUUUACAGAUGGGGACCAUGUUAAAAAUAAAGAUAUAUUUGAACUAAAUAAUGCAACAAUUUAUACUCACUCAUUUGACCAAACUAGUGACGCUGCAAAGUAUAACUUAAAACAAGAUGAAAAACCAAUUCCAUCAGAUUUGCAUAAAGAAAUAGACGAGUCAGGAAUCCCAGAAAAUCAUGAGCAUUCAGAAACUCCACUAGUAGAAUCUUGGAACUUGAGCACAGAAGGCUACCAAGCUUCAGAUGCAUCUUUCCCAAAGCAAAGCCCAGACACAGAUACUGGAAGUGCAACAACCUCAUCUGACGAUAUAAAACCUAAUUCAGAAGACUAUGAUGCUGGAGGUUCUCAGGAUGAUGAUGGAUCAAAUGAGAGGGGCAUUUCCAAGUGCAGUACAGUUGUAUGUCAUGACUUUCUUGGAAGAAGUAGCAGUGAUACAAGCACACCUGAAGAGCUUAAGGAAUAUGACAGUGGAUUAAGAGUAGAAGUAAAAGUGAAAGGUAUAGAGCCACAUGGGAAGACAAGAGGUGCAAGCACAAGAGAAUCACUAAUUAAUCACUGUUCCAGAAUAUCUCCAGGCAGUAAAGCAGUGGAAAGAGGCAGUGAAGAAGAUGCUGUGCCUGGUGGUGAUAAAUUAGAUCCUGCCUCAGAUAUUUUGUCAUCUUGUGAAGUGACUGAAGAAGAUAAAUCAGAAGUUGAGAAUACAGAGGAAGUUUUCCCUUCCCCUCUUCCUCCUCCUCCUCCUCCACCCCCUCCCGACCAGGGCAUUUACCACUUUCAAGGUAUUGAUAACCUGGCUUUUGAAGACGUUACAGAAAAUGACACUGAGGUUACAAACUUUUCUUCAGCAGCAAAUUUUAAGCGUUCUGUUCUGCUGUCUGUGGAUGAAUGUGAGGAAUUGGGUUCUGAUGAAGGAGAAGCUGAAAGUCCUCUUGCAUGCUCUUUUGGUUCUCUUACUCCGUCCGAUGUAUUUGAUGGUGGUUCCCAUGAAAGUGGCCACCAACGUUAUGGCAGAACCUACUAUUCACGGUACUCACUGGAAAUUGAUGAUGACUUUUUGGUGUAUAGCCAUCUUCAUCAAGAGAAGGCCAAAAAACAAACAAAGGAACCAAGUCCUUCACCACCUGCAGAUGAAACUAGCAUGGUAGCUGACGGUGCAUUGCUGCAGGUUGUUUCAACAGAUAUAGAAGUGACAAAGCAAGUCAGUAUUGAAGCUGUUGCACCCCAUCAGUGUGGUGAACCUUUUGAUGAAGUAGAAAGUAAACAUGAAGAAAAGGACCAGAUGGAAGGAAAUGUGCUUGAAAACCAAUCUGAGGAUAACAUGUUGACUGAAGAAAAUAAUAUCCAGCCUGCAGGUGAUGGUGGUGACAAUAGACCUCAGGAAAGACCCUGCCAUUUGCAUCUCUGCCAGAAAGAACAUUCUUCCAAUGUACACAGUGAUGACGUUGCUACAAAUGAGCAUUUAGCUAAUAUGGAAAAAGAGUAUGUGCAAGCUUACAACUCCACACCCAAUGAGCAAACUAAUAAUACUUUGCCAACAGGAAACUUAGCUGAUUGUGACAGAUCACAAAGCUGCACAUUUGAUCGUCGCCCUUCAAAAACCCUUUCUCCCAUAUACGAGAUGGAAAUAAUAGAAGAUGUGGAUCGGAGUUCUGAGGUAGAAGUGAACCAUGUGCACAAAGAAGAAAAUGAACACUUUGCAAAAAGAGACUGGAUACUACUUAAGCAGCUUCUUGGAGAUCAGGAUCUAAAUUGUGGAAUUGUUAACUGUCUACCUGAAGAUAUCAAUUUAGCAAAGUAUCUGAUCAACCAAACACUCUUCCUUUCUAGAGAUGCUUGUAAGACUCCAGGUAGAAUUGCAGUUGAAAAAGAGGCAUGGUAUAAAUGGACGGAAUUGCAGUCUCCUUCAGAGGACUCCACAGCUAGCAUUACAGUGGCCAGUUUUUCACCAGAAGAAUCGGUAUCUCCACAGGGGGAAUGGACAAUUGUGGAACUGGAAACCCAUCACUAAGCAUACCCACUAAAUUGUGUGCAUUGGGGUGCAAGAUGAAUUUAAUCCAUAUGUCACAUGGUCUUGUCCUUUUUCUGUUGCAUAAGAGUCUUAUUGUGUCACUAUUGGAUGCCAUAGUGGAUAAUAAAAUUGUGUACUUGACAUUUGGUUACAGAAUUACCGUUUGGGAGGUCUUUGUGAAGAGGAUAAACAUGUAUGUCGAUGAUGCUUUACUUUAAAUUUGGGACUCAGGCAUAAGAAGCCUUUGUAAAAUAUUAGUUUGUCUAAAAUUGAAACGCUUAUUUUCAUUUUCAUUUUCUUAGUAAAAUUUUAGAAAACCAAAUUAUUUUUUUUAAAAAUUGAUCAGAAUAGGUAGUAAUGAGGGUAACCUUCGAAACCAAGACAUGUGAACUUCGUUAAAACUCUCAGCAUAAAAGUCUUGUUUUGGAAUUGAGGGCUGUAUUUUGGUUUUUUUUAAUCUUUUGAGGUUUUAGAUAUUGAUACAAUGGCCAUGGGACCAGAAUCUGAACUAAUAUAGUUUUAUCCUUUUUCUUUAUAAAAUAAACUUACAGGAUAUAUGGCACUUUCAUGCUAGCUGUUUAAAACAAAAUGUGAUUUU